UCGGGAGGAGCGGUCGUGUUCUCCGCGUUUUUGUGGGCGCAAUUUUGAACUGUUUUCAAUCUCAACCGGCCCGCGAUGCCCCUUAGAUUUGCUUCGAACAUAUCUUUUAUGUUCAAGGAGUCUGGUGAUCUUACGCUAAGAUAUGCUGCAGCCAAAAGAGCCGGUUUCGCAGCAGUCGAAUCAGCAUUUCCGGUCGGUUAUUCUGUCGAUCAGAUAAAAGAUGCUCAAGAAUCAGCUGGAGUUCAGCAAGUUCUUCUAAAUGCACAUCCAGGUAUCACAUGCUGCGGAUACACGGUCUACUUCCUCAACGACUUCCAGUACGCUCUGGAGGUCAUCAAACAGGUGAACAGUGACCACCUCCGGCUUCAAGUGGAUAUUUUCCAUCUGCAGAAUAUCUGUGGCAACAUCAGUAACAAUCUAAAGGAGCUUCUGCCCUAUACCGGUCACGUGCAGAUCGCCCAGCCGCCGCACCGACACGAGCCGGGCGUGGCCGGCGAGCUGGACUUCGGCUACGUGCUGGGCCUGCUGGAGCGGCUCGGCUACGCCGGCUGGGUCGGCUGCGAGUACGCGCCCAGCACGAGCUCCGAACGCAGUCUGGGCUGGCUCGCCCAGCUCGGCUACCAGCUGUAGGGCCGCCGUCGUCGGGUCGGCACGCACCGCUCAGGAGAGAGGGGUGCUGCGCACUGCCCCCAGCGUGUUCGCUGGAGCCGUGACGUCACGCACCGCUCAGGAGAGAGGGGUGCUGCGCACUGCCCCCAGCGUGUUCGCUGGAGCCAUGACGUCACACAGUGCUGAGAGGAGAGGGGUGCCGCGCACUGCCCCCAGCGUGUUCGCUGGAGCCGUGACGUCACGCACCGCCCAAGAGAGAGGGGUGCUGCGCACUGCCCCCAGCGUGUCCGCUGGGGCCGUGACGUCACACAGUGCUCAGGAGAGAGGGGUGCUGCGCAGUGCCCCCAACGUGUUCGCUGGAGCCGUGACGUCACGCAGUGCUCAGGGGAGGGCGGGUGCUGCGCAGUGCCCCCCGCGUGUUCGCUGGAGCCAUGGCGUCACGCAGCGCUCAGGGGAGGGCGGGUGCUGCGCAGUGCCCCCGCGUGUUCGCUGGAGCCGUGACGUCACGCAGUGCUCAAGGGAGAGCGGACGUCUCCGUGUCUGUUGUGAUCGGCGGACGCUGACGUCACGGACCCACCGGGGGAGAGGGACGAUCACCCGAGUGCCUGGCGGGAUCGGUUAACCCCUUGCCUUGCCUCGAUGCGGUUGGUCGGUGCAGCGCCGGAGCCGCUUGGCAUCAUCGGGUGUUGGAAGGGCGAGGGGGGAGGCGUAGCCUGGUGGUGAACGCGUGCUUAGCCACGUUCAGGGAGGGCGUGUUUCGAGAUUUGGGCUUCCACAUAUUCCACAUCUAACGUCGAACACGGGAAAAAAUGGUCAUACUAACAUCAAUUUACCGAUGGGGAGUGUACUGCUGCCAACUUCCCACUAAUAGGGACGGUGUGGGUAUGUCUGUUUUUCGACUGUUUUGUUGAGGACCACGGCUGCUAUUGUUUUGUUUCUUGGAAGUUUCUAUGUGAGUCGAUACGAACCUUUGCUUUGCCCUUUACAGAAUGUUGUUGGAGCUUAAGGCCAAUUGCCCAAACGACUGAAAAUGCAUGCACCGCCGCAGCCGUCGUUCGUGCAUGAAGCACACUUGUGCAUGGUUAGCCACUGGAGCUCUAAUGGUUGCGGCGGACAAAGCUACGAUCGAUUCGGAAACAAUUUGUCAUUUUCGGAUGUCAUGAGAUGCGAUGCGACCUUUACGUGGUCUUCAUGUCAACACGUCGAUGAAUAAAGUGGAUGGAGAUCA